UAGCAGAGGACUCCAAUACCUCAAUCACUGGCUUGACUCUAUCUAUCUAGAUUCUAGACUAGGCAAAGGCCAAUAUUGAGAUUUUCUGUUUUGCUUUUUGGUGAUUUCAAUUUCAAAGAAACUAAAAUAUUUCUGAAAUGUGACUCCCCAACCCAACCCCACCACUGAAUUGCUCACUAUCAUUGACGUUCUCUCCACUCCAUUCCCUCUCUGUCUUGCAUUUGUACUAAUCCAAUUCUUGCCCACACACGCACUAUCAAUUUUGUCUUUCAUCUUUGCUCCAUUAUGGAAACUUCCAACUAAGAUUUUCAGCACAAUUCCCUAGCUUGCUACUUAAGAGUCAUGCAUCAACAACUUCAUUUUGCUCUCAGGCUCAGCUCUUUCCAUGCUUCCCAUUAAAUUUUCUCUUUCAAAACUCUUUCUUUAUAUCCUCACUCACAAUUUUAUCUACAAAGUUCUGAGAGGGUAGUAGAAAAAGAACUCCUUGUUUCCCUUCCUCCCAUUUUGGAGAAGGAACUGUUCAGAUAUCCAUCAUACUUGCUGCUAAUCAGGAUGGUGACCCCUUUCUCUGUAUUAAUGGUUUAUUGAUCAGCCACCUCCACCAUCACCUAGCUGCCACCCAUUUCUCUUGUGAACUGACAACUUUGUCCCUCAACUUUCUCCUAAUGGCACACUCUUCCUGGCUCUUUGCAAUACUGUUACUACUAACAGCACACCCUAUUUUCCCGCCAUGUGUGUCUCUCAAGUUAGAAACCCAAGCUCUUGUACACUUCAAGAACCAUUUGAUGGAUCCCUUGAAUUAUUUGGGUUCAUGGAAUCAAUCAGACUCCCCAUGUGAGUUUUAUGGAAUUACAUGUGAUCCAGCUGCUUCUGGGAAAGUCACAGAAAUCUCAUUGGACAAUAAGUCCCUCUCUGGUGAUAUUUUUCCAUCACUCUCAGUUCUGAAGAGCCUGCAAGUUCUGUCACUGCCAUCCAAUUUACUUUCUGGAAAGCUUCCACCACAAAUGAGUGCCCUUACCAGCCUCAGAGUCUUGAACCUUACAGGAAAUCAGCUGGUUGGACCAAUCCCAAACUUGUCUUUGCUCAGAAACCUGCAGGUUCUUGAUCUUUCAGCAAACUACUUUUGUGGCAGAAUUCCCAGUUGGGUUGGGAGUCUAACUGGACUUGUUUCACUGGGUCUUGGGGAAAAUGAAUAUAGUGAGGGAGAGAUUCCAGAGACUCUUGGAAACCUGAAGAACUUGACCUGGCUCUAUCUUGGUGGUUCUCAUUUGUUAGGAGAGAUUCCAGAAUCAAUGUAUGAAAUGAAGGCAUUGGAAACAUUGGAUAUUUCAAGGAAUAAGAUCUCUGGGAAACUCUCCAGAUCAAUUUCCAAGUUGAAAAAUCUUUACAAGAUUGAACUCUUCUCAAACAACUUGACAGGAGAAAUCCCAGCUGAGCUUGCAAACCUCACCAACCUACAGGAGAUUGAUCUCUCUGCAAACAAAAUGCAUGGUAGGUUGCCAGAGGAAAUUGGUAACAUGAAGAAUUUGGUUGUUUUUCAACUAUAUAGUAACAACUUUUCUGGAGAACUUCCUGCUGGAUUUGGGGAUAUGCAGCAUCUUAUUGGCUUCUCAGUUUAUCAAAACAACUUCACUGGGAUGAUUCCUGGAAACUUUGGCCGGUUUUCGCCACUUGAAAGUAUUGACAUAUCUGAGAAUCAAUUUUCAGGUGAUUUCCCAAAGUUCUUGUGUGAAAGCAAAAAGUUGAGACUUUUGCUUGCAUUGCAAAACAAUUUUUCUGGGAAUUUUCCGGAGGCUUAUGUUACAUGCAAAUCUCUAGAGAGAUUCAGGAUUAGUAGAAACCACUUAUCUGGGAAAAUACCAGACGGGGUUUGGGGACUUCCAUAUGUGAAAAUAAUUGAUUUAGCUUAUAAUGAUUUCACUGGCGAGGUGUCUCCAGAAAUUGGGGUUUCUAUUAGCUUAAGUGAGAUGGUUUUGAUAAACAACAGGUUUUCAGGUAAGCUCCCAUCAGAAUUUGGCAAGCUAGUGAACCUGGAGAAGCUUGACUUGAGUAACAACAAUUUCUCUGGUGAAAUACCACCUGAAAUGGGAUCUCUGAAGCAGUUAUCCUCUUUGCAUCUGGAAGAGAAUUCAUUAACGGGAUCAAUACCUGCAGAACUGAGUCAUUGUGCAAGGCUGGUGGACUUGAAUCUUGCUUGGAAUUUUUUAUCUGGGAAUAUUCCCACUUCAGUUUCACUCAUGAGGUCACUGAACUCUCUUAAUAUAUCUGGAAACAAACUUACAGGUUCUAUACCAGAUAAUUUAGAAACAAUGAAACUAAGCUCAGUGGACUUUUCUGAAAACCUGCUUUCUGGGAGAAUUCCAUCUGGUUUUUUUAUUAUUGGUGGAGAGAAAGCAUUUCUUGGAAACAAGGGACUGUGUGUUGAGGAAAGCAUAAAUCCUUCAAUGAAUUCUAGUUUAAAGAUCUGUGCUAAAAGUCAUGGUCAGACAAGGGUCUUUGCUUAUAAAUUUCUCUUGCUCUUUCUCAUUGCUUCGAUCUGUGUUUUUAUUUUAGCCGGGCUGCUGCUUUUUAGUUGUAGAAGCCUCAAGCAUGAUGCAGAGAGAAACUUACAAUGUCAAAAAGAAGCAUGUCUAAAAUGGAAACUUGCAUCUUUCCACCAAGUAGAUAUUGAUGCUGAUGAAAUAUGUAAUUUGGAUGAAGGUAAUUUAAUAGGCAGUGGUGGUACAGGAAAGGUUUAUCGAGUGGAGUUGAGGAAAAAUGGUGCCAUGGUGGCUGUAAAGCAGCUAGAGAAAGUAGAUGGUGUGAAGAUUUUAGAUGCAGAGAUGGAGAUUUUGGGGAAAAUUAGGCAUAGAAAUAUACUUAAACUUUAUGCUUGUUUUCUUAAAGGAGGAUCCAAUCUUUUAGUGCUUGAGUACAUGCCAAAUGGUAAUCUUUUUCAAGCUCUGCACAGACAGAUAAAAGAUGGGAAGCCAGGAUUGGAUUGGAACCAGAGGUAUAAAAUUGCUUUGGGAGCUGCAAAAGGAAUUGCAUAUUUACACCAUGAUUGUUCUCCACCUAUUAUUCACAGGGAUAUAAAAUCCAGCAACAUUUUGCUUGAUGAGGACUAUGAGCCCAAAAUAGCUGAUUUUGGUAUUGCAAGGUUUGCAGAAAAAUCUGAUAAGCAAUCUAGUUGUCUGGCAGGCACACAUGGUUACAUUGCUCCAGAACUAGCUUAUACACUUGACAUUACUGAAAAGAGUGAUGUCUAUAGCUUCGGAGUGGUGCUAUUAGAAUUAGUCUCUGGCAGAAAACCCAUUGAAGAGGAAUAUGGAGAAGCUAAGGAUAUUGUUUAUUGGGUUUUGACUCAUCUGAAUGACCAUGAAAGCAUUCUUAACAUCCUUGAUGACAGAGUAGCAUUGGAGUGUGGUGAAGAUAUGAUAAAGGUCUUGAAGAUUGCUAUCAAGUGCACCACUAAGCUUCCAUCUUUACGCCCUACCAUGAGAGAGGUUAUCAACAUGCUGAUUGGUGCUGAACCUUGCACAUUGAAAUCUUCAGACUGCGAUCUUUACAAGCAUGCAAAUGAAAAGGCUUUUUUUUAGUGGUUUUGUUUUCAAAGCUAUGUAAAUCAUAGCUAGCUCCACUCAAAUAUGCUUCCUAAUUGAAAAGCACUUUUUGUCAUCUAGUUGAGAUUUAGUGCAUGUUUGGAAAAAAUAUUAUGUAACUAGAAUCGAUUUUGCAAGAUAAUCGCAUAAUGAGAAGCUUGAAAUAAUAGCUUUUGAGAUAAUUUACACAUUUCUAAAGGUGGGAAACACACUUAUGGACAUGAUGACUUAUGUUUCAAAUCAAAAUAACUGAAUUUUCAGGCCUAAUUUUGAUUCAGACUUAUUCCUUAAAAUAUGCACUUGAGUUCCCCUU